AUGACUUGGUAUAAAAGUUUGCCCGAUGAGUCUAUCACUUCAUGGAAAGUGCUCGGAAAACUUUUUUCCAGACAUUUCACGGCAUCCCGGAGACACCCCAAGUCAGAAGCCUCCCUGGAAGCCAUCAUCCAAGGAAAAGAUGAGUCUCUACGGGCGUACAUAGAAAGAUUUAACAAAGAAGUCGUACAAGUAUCCACCACUGCCCAUAUGAAGAAAUUCUUGCUCGAGCGCGGCCUCCGACCACGCUCAGACUUCGCUAAAGCCGUCGGAAUCGAAACACCGGCCAAUCUUGACGAGUUCUUCCUCAAAGCUCAGGCAUACAUACAAUAUGAGGAAAAAGAGGCCGCUCAUGCGGUACGCAAUUCCAUACAAGAAGAAACCAGCAAGAAUGGUCGCCAAGUCCCGUCGGGGGACAGACAAGAAGAAGGACGACAAGGGUCGGGAUCCCAAGGACUACAAAGCCCCAGCCGGGAAAUUCCGAGAAUACACCCCGCUCAACGCCUCAAGGGAACGCAUCUUAAACGAAUGCGCAAACGCCGAAUUUCAGACGGGCAAGGUCCGCUUCCCUAA